CUUCACUAGUCUGUUUUGAAAGCUUUUAGUCCUCUGUUUCGGUCCAAGCUCAUGUUUGUGAAGCCAUGGCCGUCGAGCUCGUGAUGGGUUACAGAAACGACAGCUUUACGUCUCACGUGGAAGAGAACGCAGUGGUGCAAGAAGCAGCCUCUGGGCUCGAGAGUGUUGAGAAGCUCAUUAGACUUCUUUCUCAGUCUCAACAACAACAACAGAGACAAGAGGGUCAAUUAUCAGCUAAUUCAGAGCAGAGAUCGACUAUGGAGAUAGAUAUGGACUGUAGAGCAGUCGCUGAUGUGGCUGUAACCAAGUUCAAGCGAGUCAUUUCUCUUCUGGGUCGGACUCGAACCGGCCAUGCCCGGUUCAGAAGAGCCCCUCUGGCGCUACCGGUUCAAAACCAGAACAGAGACUCCAAAGAAGUCUCUGAAUCGACUAGAAUCUAUUGCCCGAGACCAAUCCAACAAGUCCCUCUCGCUGUUCCUCACCCAAAUUCUCACCACCACCAUCUUCAAUCUCAGCACGACCACCUCAUGAUCGUGAAAAAUGGGGUUAUUGAUCGGAAAGACUCGGCGUCGAAAUCGAUUAAUUUCUCCUCGUAUUCGCCGGCGAUUUCCGGUGCCACCACCUCGUUCAUGUCGUCUUUAACGGGGGACACCGACAGCAAGCAACUUUCGUCGUUGUCGGCGUUUCAGAUUUCGAAUCUGUCGCAGGUUUCCUCCGCCGGAAAGCCGCCCUUGUUGAAGAGAAAGUGCAGUUCGUCGGAAAACGCAGCCUCCGGCAAGUGCAGUGGCUCUUCCGGCCGCUGCCAUUGUUCCAAGAGACGAAAGCUGAGGCUGAAGAGGGUUGUGAGAGUUCCGGCGAUAAGCUCGAAGAUGUCUGAUAUACCACCGGACGAUUACUCGUGGAGGAAGUAUGGUCAGAAACCCAUUAAAGGUUCUCCGCAUCCAAGGGGUUAUUACAAGUGCAGUAGUGUGAGGGGUUGCCCAGCACGUAAACAUGUGGAGAGAGCUUUAGACGAUCCAAAGAUGCUGAUUGUAACCUACGAAGGAGAGCACAACCACUCUCUCUCUCUUGCAGAAACAAGUGGUCUUAUCUUAGAGUCUUCUUGAUUUAGAUUAUAUCAUGCAUGGUGGUGAAACAAAAGCCAAGUGUUUUCACUUAUCAUCAUCAUCAUUCCACAAAUGUGUAGAGAGUUACAGUGUAGUACUACUAUUAGCUAGAUGAGUGAGUGAGCUCAAUGACUCAACUCAGCUCUAUCUCAAAGGAGACGUAAUGGGUUUUUCUUUAAGUCUAUCGAAUUAAACACGGUCUCCUCAUAUGAUAUGUGUGAUUCAUCAAUUUCAUAUAAGAAAAUUGUGUUUGAUUCUAUAAUUGAAACAACGGUUGUUUGUUUAUUCAUUGUCCGACACUGUAUUCUCUACUUUUCUCUCUAUGUGAAUGAAUUGAAAAAUGAAAGGAAAAAUCAAUGAAAAGAUAGCCUUGUUUGAUA